AUGCAGCUUUCUAAAGUGCCAAUUUUAGGCAAGGAAACUAUCCAUGUUGGCUACAACAUUGCGGACCAUAUUGUAAAGACUAUCAUCGAGGGAUGCUCGUCGUCUACUUAUGUGGUUAUCAACGACACCAAUGUGGAGAAAGUACCUUACCACCACGAUUUGGUGGAUACUCUGAACUCUGCGGUCCAACAGGUGGGUUCGAGGCUUUUGAGGUACUCGGUUAAGCCUGGUGAAGCGCACAAGACCAGAGAACAGAAGAACGAGAUUGAAGACUAUUUGCUACGUGAAGGAUGUACUAGGGAUACCGUCAUCAUUGCCAUUGGCGGUGGUGUUAUUGGUGAUAUGAUAGGGUUUGUUGCAGCCACUUUCAUGAGAGGUGUGCGUGUCGUGCAAGUUCCCACAUCAUUGCUGGCUAUGGUGGACUCCUCCAUUGGUGGAAAAACUGCAGUAGAUACUGCAUUAGGCAAGAAUUUCAUCGGUGCGUUCUGGCAGCCACAAUUCGUUUUGGUGGAUAUCAAAUGGCUUGAGACGUUGCCAAGACGAGAAUUCAUCAACGGUAUUGCUGAGGUCAUCAAAACGGCUGCUAUCUGGAACGGGGAUGAGUUUGCUCGUCUUGAAGACAAUGCAGAAAGCUUCCUGCAGAUUGUAAACGGCGCUAAAACCACCCGCGUCUCCGUGGCUGGUCAAACGCACCAAUUGUCCAUCACAAACAUCGAGCACAUUCUAGACCAUGUGUUCAAGCUGGUUCUCGAAAGCAUCAAAGUGAAAGCGCAUGUCGUGUCCUCAGAUGAAAGGGAAGCGGGUCUAAGAAACUUGCUGAACUUUGGCCACACCAUUGGACACGCGUAUGAGGCAAUCCUGACCCCACAAGCCCUACACGGGGAGUGUGUUUCCAUCGGUAUGAUCAAAGAAGCCGAAUUAUCUCGAUACCUGAACAUUUUGUCACCAACCCAGGUCGCCCGUCUCACCAAGAUUCUAGCAGCCUACGGCCUUCCUAUCUCGCCCGAGGAGAAAUGGUUCAAAGAUUUGACGCUUCAUAAAAAAACUCCCUUGGACGUCUUGCUCAAGAAAAUGAGUAUAGACAAGAAGAACGAUGGGUCUAAAAAGAAGGCUGUUCUACUAGAAACAAUUGGAAAAUGUUACGGAACCUCUGCUCAUCAAGUUUCAGAUGAAGAUCUACGUUUUGUUUUGACUGAUGAGGUUCUAGUUUAUCCCUUCACGCCAAAGGAAACACGAGACACGAAGGUCAUCACUCCACCUGGCUCCAAGUCAAUUUCCAACCGUGCUUUAGUUCUUGCCGCUCUGGGAGAAGGCACUUGUAGGGUGAAGAAUCUGCUCCAUUCUGAUGACACGAAGCAUAUGUUACAUGCCGUUCAGCAGCUCAAAGGUACAUCCAUAUCUUUUGAAGAUAACGGUGAAACCGUUGUGGUCAAAGGACACGGCGGUCAUACCCUUGAAGCAACUUCUGAUCCUUUGUACUUAGGAAACGCUGGAACUGCUUCAAGGUUUUUAACGUCCGUCGCUGCUCUGGCUAAAUCUUCAGCAUCUCAGAAAAGCGUUGUUCUCACCGGAAACGCCAGAAUGCAAGAAAGACCUAUCGGCCCUCUGGUGGACUCGCUGCGUCAAAACGGUACCAAAAUUCAGUACCUAAAUAAGGAAGGGUCAUUGCCGCUCAAGAUUGAUACGGACUCUCACUUUAAGGGUGGAAGGAUCGAGCUGGCCGCGACAGUUUCGUCCCAAUACGUUUCUUCUAUUUUGAUGUGUGCCCCAUACGCAGAUGAGCCUGUGACGCUUUCUCUAGUUGGCGGUAAACCUAUUUCAAAACUUUACAUCGACAUGACGAUAAAAAUGAUGGAAAAGUUUGGCGUGAAAGUAGAGAUUUCCACCACCGAGCCACACACUUAUCAUAUUCCCAAAGCAAGCUAUGUCAACCCUCCCGAAUACGUCAUCGAAAGUGAUGCUUCUUCAGCCACUUAUCCUUUGGCAUAUGCGGCAAUGACAGGAACCACUGUCACAGUGCCAAAUAUCGGUUUUGAAUCGCUACAGGGUGAUGCCAGAUUCGCCCGUGACGUAUUGAAGCCAAUGGGGUGUUUGGUGGAGCAAACAGAAACAUCUACCACAGUUACUGGUCCCCCUGUAGGAACUUUAAAGCCACUCUCUCAUGUUGAUAUGGAGCCUAUGACUGAUGCCUUUUUGACUGCUUGUGUGGUAGGUGCCGUCGCACACAGUGAGGGCGCAGCCACCUCUAAUGUCACUACUAUAGAAGGUAUCGCAAAUCAGCGAGUCAAAGAGUGUAACAGAAUUUUGGCCAUGGUCACUGAAUUGGCCAAAUUCGGCGUAAAAGCAAGCGAACUUCCCGAUGGAAUCCAAGUUCAUGGUGUUGAUGAUUUAAGAGAUCUCAAGGUGCCCGCAUCAGUCGACUCUUAUGAUGACCAUCGCGUCGCGAUGAGCUUCUCGCUUUUGGCGGGUAUGAUCAAGUGCACGGCGCAGGAAGAAAAGAAGCCAGUCAGAAUACUAGAAAGACACUGCACAGGCAAAACUUGGCCCGGUUGGUGGGACGUCCUACAUACACAACUGGGCGCAUCGUUGGACGGUGCUGAACCGCUGGAAAACAUUUUGCAAAGCCAAAAGACAAGCGUUGUGAUUAUCGGUAUGAGAGCCGCUGGCAAAACUACCGUAAGUCACUGGUGUUCUAACGCUCUGGACUAUAAAUUUCUGGAUUUGGACACAGUGUUUGAGGAACAGUAUCAAAAGCGUGAUGUGAAGGACUUCGUUCAGGAAAAAGGAUGGGACGCUUUCCGCAAGGUUGAGGCCGAAAUCUUCAAGCAGACGAUCUCCAACCACAAAGAGGGCUAUGUCGUAUCCACCGGGGGCGGCAUUGUCGAAAGCCCAGAAUCUAGGAAGGCUUUGAAGGCUUUCGCCGACCAAGGUGGCAUUGUUUUGCACCUGCAUCGUGAUAUAGACGAAACGAUCAACUUUUUGCGCAGCGAUCCUACUAGGCCUGCCUACUCUGAAGACAUAAGAGAUGUAUGGGAGAGAAGAGAGCAAUGGUACCACGAGUGCUCUAAUUACAUUUUUUUCUCUCCUCAUUGCGCCACCCCUCAUGAAUUCGGCCAACUGAGAAAAUCAUUUGGGUCCUUUAUUCGCACUAUCACUGGUAAACGUGAAGUUAACAUACCAAGCGGUAGAUCUGCUUUUGUUUGCUUGACAUUCGAAGAUUUAAGCGAACAGAAAGAUGUACUCGCCGAUAUUACUUACGGCUGCGAUGCCGUUGAACUUCGCGUCGAUCACCUAAAAGGCUUUGAGUUGUCCUUUGUUGCUAAGCAAUUAAGCAUCUUGCGCGCUGCUACCAACAACUUACCGCUCAUCUUCACGGUAAGAACCAAAAGUCAAGGCGGUCACUUCCCUGAUGAUCGUCAGCAAGAACUUUCGAAGCUUUUCCAGCUUGCUCUAAAGUCUGGUGUUGAGUUCAUCGACCUCGAAUUGACUUCGUCUGCCGAACUCCAAUACCAGGUGGUAAACAGGAAGAAAACCACCAAAAUUAUUGGCUCUCACCAUGAUUUUGGUGCACAGUUCGAUUGGGAAGACUCGGAGUGGGAAAACAGAUAUAACCAGGCCCUUUCACUAGAUUUGGACAUCAUCAAAUUCGUCGGCACGGCAAAGAGCUUCGAUGAUAACCUUAAAUUGGAACAUUUCAGAUUGACUCACACACAAAAGCCACUGAUUGCCAUCAACAUGACAGAUGCGGGCAAAAUGUCGAGAGUUAUGAACACUGUGCUCACCCCUGUGACUUCCAGUCUGCUGCCUUCAGCUUCCGCUCCCGGUCAGCUAACCCUGGCACAAAUCAAUCAGAUCUAUUCGACAUUGGGAGGUAUGCCUGCCAAGGAGCUUUACGUCGUUGGAUCUCCAGUGGGACACUCCAAGUCGCCUGAUAUGCACAACUUAGGUUUUAAGAUCUUGGGUCUGCCACACACCUUCGGCAAAUUCGAGACCUCCUCUGCUGACGAAGUAAAGAAGUCCAUUCUCUCCAAGCCAAAUCUCGGAGGUCUGGCGGUAACCAUUCCGCUAAAGCUGGAUAUCAUGAAGUAUAUGGAUGAGCUUUCUGAAUCCGCUAAAUUGGUGGGAGCCGUGAACACGGUGGUACCAAUGAAUGGAAAACUACUUGGCGAUAACACCGACUGGAUUGGGAUCUACGACUCGUUUGUUGCGCAAGGUGUUCCAGAGAACGUCGACGCUGCUUCUGGUUUCGUUGUUGGUGCUGGUGGUGCUUCUCGUGCUGCAAUCUUCGCGUUACACAAGCUGGGCUGCUCUACGAUUUACACCAUAAACAGGACAGUGCAGAAAUCCCAUGAAAUGAAGGACCAAUUCCCUAGUCAUUUCAAUGUUAAAGUGUUGGAGACCCCCGAGCAAGUUGAUGCAAUCGUUGAGAACAACGUUGGGCUGGCGGUGAGUUGUGUCCCAGCAGACAAGCCUUUAGAUGCCGGCUUACUUGCUAGAGUUGAAAAAUUGUUCGCCAAGUCUAAAGACAUCACAUUUGCUCCCACACUUCUUGACGCGGCCUACAAGCCCAGUGUGACCCCGCUUAUGACCGUGGCAGAGGCCAAAUUUGGAUGGCAGGUAAUUCCUGGCGUACAAAUGCUUAUUUACCAAGGUGUGGCUCAGUUCAAGCUCUGGACGGGCUUCAAAGCUCCUUUCAAAGCCAUUCACGAUGCCCUCACCCAGUAG